UUCUCCAUAAAAAAAAAAAAGAAAUCAUACAAUGAAUUUUUCAACCUUUUCCAUCUUAUUGUUCUCUCUUUCCUUGAUCAUAGUUUCUCAUGCUCCUUUGCCAACAUCAGGACUAACCUUGCAUGAAACUUUAUGCAAGGAAACCAAGGAGAACGAGGCAAGGUGCCUUGAACUUCUCAAAGAAGAUCCUAAAAUCGCUGCUGCUAAAGACAUCACUGAGCUUACAAAACUCAUCCUUAAGUUAGCCCUAAAAAAGGGCACAGAAACCCAAAAUUUCCUAAAAGAUAUGAUGAAAACAGACCCUUCACCAGACCUUAAACAAUGUGCAACUACACUCUAUGAUGGAGUCAUUGGAUCAUUCAAAAGUGCUUUGGGUGAAUUGGGUGAGGAUGAUAUGACAGCAAGUUAUGAUGCUGGAGUUGCCAGUGAUGGACCUUCAACUUGUGAAAGGGCAUUGAAUGCAGCAAAGACAAAUCCUUCUAUUGCAGCUCAUGACAAAGACAUCUUAUUGCUCAGUGCAAUUGCAUUUAAAUCCAUUGAGAAACUACCCUCUUAA